UUUUCAUCACCAGGUUCGGACCUCCCGCCUCGCCUCAGCUCGAAAUGGACCCCAACUGCUCCUGCCCCACGGGUGGCUCCUGCACCUGCGCUGGUUCCUGCAAAUGCAAAGAGUGCAAAUGUGCCUCCUGCAAGAGGAGCUGCUGCUCCUGCUGCCCCGUGGGCUGUGCCAGGUGUGCCCAGACCUGCAUCUGCAAAGGGGCAUCGGACAAGUGCAGCUGCUGCGCCUGACUUGGGG